AUGAUGCCUGCUGGGGAUCUGCGGUGCCUGCGGUGCUGUGAGUACGGAGUAGCAUGUCCUGUAUAUACGGGCAGGAAGACGCCUCAACGCGCCGUCGUCUGGCUCGCUGAGACGCCCGCGGCCCUGCUGCAGGGUUCUGCCUGGCAGACGACGCUGCUCGAGGCCGUCCAUCUGCCUGCUGAUGCUUGUUGCUGCCUGUCUUGUUGCUGCCGGCGGUUUGUUCGUGGAUGCCGCCGUCGCCUGCAUGGUCACUCGCGCGCAGGAGACCAGCAGAAGCGACGACGGGGAGGCCUUCCUGCAGGCCAUCCAAGUAGCCAGCAGACCUGCAUCUCCGUCUCUCUGUCUCUGUCACUCCUGUCGACUGGUGUUGUCGUCUCUUAUGUGGUCUGGCCGUGUAGUAGUAGAAAUAAUAAUCAACAACUAAGAUAG